CGAUAACCUUAGUCGCAUCCGGUUUCCAACUCACCUAGCUAAGACACCCCUUGACGAGCAAUAAUUAGACCUCGAUAAUCAAAUAAUGGCUGAACAUGGGAUUCCUCGGUACGCCCGUAAAGGGGAGAGGACUGAAGAGGCUCGCCAACAGGAGCUUCGCAAAAUUGAGAAAUAUCGAGAACUCGAGCAGUGCGUCCGAGAAAAGGUUGCGACGCACGAAUACACGCCAGAAACUCUACAGAAGAUAUCCGAACUGCUGAGCAGCAAUCCCGAGUACUACACAGUAUGGAACUACCGUCGGCAAGUCUUGCGAAGUGAGUUUUCGCGCGCAGAAUCUAGUGACUCGGACGAAACGACUGCAAAUCAGGUCGCUGCCUUGAUCAAGAGUGACCUGCUAUUUCUUAUUCCCCUACUAAAGAGCUUCCCCAAGUGCUACUGGAUCUGGAACUACCGCGUCUGGCUUCUGGAUGAAGCCAAGCGCCUGCUCCCUGCUUCGAUUGCCUGUCGAUUCUGGCAAGAGGAAUUGGGCUUGGUAGGCAAGAUGCUUAAUCUAGACAGCAGGAACUUCCACGGUUGGGGUUACAGACGAUUUGUCAUAGAGACUCUCCGAGAGCUCAAGUCUGCAGAGCAAACCGACGAAGACAUGACCAAGGCUGAAUUUGACUACGCAAAGAAGAUGAUCGGCGCCAACCUGUCAAAUUUCUCUGCUUGGCACUAUCGCACCAAGCUGAUCCAGCGAUUGUUGAACGAGCAAUCCGCCCGCGAUGAGGAACGAAAAAAGAUGCUGGAUGACGUCAUUCCGGAAGAGCUGGAACUGAUCCAUCGUGCUUUGUGUGACCCAUAUGACCAGUCAUUAUGGUUUUACCACCAGAACUUGAUGUGCGUCUUUGACCCGGCUGUGGCGGCCCAGACGAUGGCACCCAAUCUUAGUGACUCGGACCGCUUGGAAUAUCUCCGACGGGAGAUUGAGGAAAUUGAAGAUAUGCUUGACGGGGCAGAAGACUGUAAAUAUCUCUACCAAGCCUUGAUCGACUGUACAUUGCUGGCUUGGAAAGUGGAGGGGAUUACUCCCGGCGAUGGGCAGAAACGGGCGGUAUUAAGCUGGCUUGCGGAAUUAAAGAAGUUGGACCCGCUGCGACAGCGACGGUGGCUGGAUUUCGAACAAUCACUGGGCUGUUGA